AUGGCUUCCUUGGUUUUGAAGAUCAGCCAAAUUUCAUAUCCCCCAGUCCCCCUUGGUCUGGAGCAGGCUGAAAAUGGGGCUCACUUAAGAGGUUCAGGCAUGCCAGUCACCUGGAGGAGCUCCAUAAUGGUGUCACAGGAAAGGUGAGACAUUCUUCCCUGCAGCUUGUGUGAAGCAUAUGUGUUCCCUGGGUUAUGAUAAUAGUGUUAUGGUUAAGAUUAAGAGAGGAACAGCCAUGCGGCACUGUGAUGUUAUUUGCUGUGAAGUGAUUUAACAAAUGUUUGAACAGCUGUUGCCGAGCAAGUGCUAUUGCUAUAAGUGAAGUAAUCCUAGCUGUUGUUUCUCUUGUUUAUACAAGAAUAGGAUAAAUCAAGUAGGGGAGAAUAGAGUCAGAGAAACAUGUUUGUAGAGAAUUAUUGCCUACAGUUCAUGAACAACAUAUAGAGUGAGUUCAUUAUCAACAUAUAGUAUGCCCCCAAGUAUCUCAAGCCAAAGAGCUCUGUGCAGUCUUGCACAAACCAGUUUGAAUGAAGAUGUUGACAAACUGGAUAGGAUUCAGAGAAGUAAUGGGGAAUAGGGCUUGGGAUCUAAACAUAACUGAGUCAGAUGAUACAUGAAAACUAACUUAUAUUAACUUAUACAAUUUGUUUACCUAGCCCAGUCUUGUCUAUUCUGAAAAGAGGAACCCUUGGGGCCUUUAGUUGGAGUGACCAGUUGAGGUUAAUUAAUAACUCCAUAUUUGUCUGUUUUAUCAGAUUUGAGUUGUCUAGAGAUUAUCCUCCUUAAUUUUGUGUGUAUAGCAAAUGAUGUUCCCAGAGGGCUUUGCUAAGCAGAAUAGCGAUACAAGCAAUUACGGUAAAAAAAACCAACCCAAUAGACUUGUGUUUUAUGAGCAAUUGCAUAGACAGUUCAUGUGGCCAAAUACUAAUUUGGUGAUUUGGAAAAGUGGGCAAGGCAAUAGACACAACUCUUCCCUUUGUAGAGUAAGGUGCAUUCCAGCUAUGUUUACACACACACCCCACACACACACUUCCACCCAGGCAAGCAAGAGGCAUUCUCACAGAUUAAAGAUGCAUUCUAGCUGGUCAAAAGCACUUGAGGAGGUCACAUAGCAGGGUCGGUGAGGAUGCUGUGCUGGGCAGAGAGGAUGUGGCUUGAAGGGAUAGAUCCUUGAGAGAGUUUGUGGGAAUGACAGUGCGGGUUGGAAGGUCACAACUGGUCCCCUGGACCUGAGGAUUCCCACCCUGGCAUAGCACAAGUGUUUAUUGCAACUCUGCACACAAAUUGACAUACAGGCAGAAUAGUUUGUUUUGUACCUAACAAAUUUGCAGUGAAGUCAUCACAUCAUUGUCCUUUCCAUAAAUCUUCUCCACACACUAUGAUAUACAAUAGCUUAAAUAGCUGCUCUCUCAAGAUUUCUGCUUAUUUUACCUGCCUCAUAAUUUCCUUUUAUCUUUCCAGCAAAGCUUUUUACAUGUGGCUCUUACUGGUGUGA